AGCCGGAGUGGUGUGUGCCUUUGUGUGUAAUAGCCUUAUCUACAAGCAUUUGCAAAACGACGACGAUAAAGGAGUGCUUGGCCAUAUAAAGUCUGGCCUGGGCAGCUUCAGCACAUUCAUGAACGACAGCGUACAGGAAGCUUCGAACUACAUCAUUACAGAGUACGAUGGUACAAGCACUGAUGUUCUGGCACAAGUCAAUGGGUCUGCCGAUGCUGCGGUGGAGGGUGUGCUGAACCAGCUCAAUGCCACAGCCUACAUCGAUGAGGCCAAAUCUGUAGCGCGGGAGGCAAAUAAGACGAAGGAUGCCCUGGAUGAGGUAGCUCAAAACCUUGCAGGUUUAAAAGAUGAAAGCGAUGAACUGAAAAACAACCUGACGGACAUUAAAAAUGAUAUUUCUGCUAUUUGUGGUACUAGUGGCUGUUCUGGUUUUGAUGCGAAUGAUUAUAACACAGACGCCAACUUUUCUUCGUUGGGUGAACUGCAGAGCCAGGCUGCGAAGGUCGCUCAAGCCCUGGACAUGAACCGAUAUAUUUUACAGGCUGAGGCGGCAAUGGCUGAUGCAAAGGAUCAAGCACGUGCCCAAGUGGUGACACAGACAGAUGAUGCUGCCAAGGCUGUAAAAGAUGUCCGUGUAACCAUCGUGGACAAGCUGGCAGAGCUUGAAAAGUUCAAGGAUGAUGCUCUCAAUUUUCUACCAGAGACAUAUCGAAACUUGGAUGAUGCAAACGAAGAUGCGCGGGAAUACAGCAAAUAUGUAUUUUACGGCGGCAUCGGCAUCUGUUGUGCUUACCUGCUGAUUGUGGUCCUGUACUACGUGGGAAUUAUCUACGGGCUGUGUGGAGAGCGGCCAGGGCACGAUGCCCCGUGCUGUCACACUGGAGUCGGCGCAAACUUUCUCAUGGCGGGUGUUGGCUUCACCUUCAUUUUCUCCUGGCUGCUCAUGCUGCUCUGUUUAAUACUCUUUGCCACCGGCGGUCCGGCCUACACUGAAGUGUGCAGAUAUUUUGUUGAUCACAACCCUGAGGAUGUGCGGUUCUUGGAUGAGCCUCUGAAGAACGGGUUUGACUUCCGGUCUUGGUACGACAAGUUCCCUGAGGACUUCUCUGUGUCUGGAACAUUGCAGAUGUGCCAAAACAACGCGUCACUUUACACAGCUAUGCACUUGGACAAUGUGGUCAACUUGGAUGAGAUGUUGAAUUUGCAGGAAUUAGACGACAAACUGGAUGAGCUGAAGAGAACUACAGUUAAUGUUGAUAACAUAACUAUCUUGAGCCAGGACUUAAAGGAUGACUUACAAAAGUUUGCCGACUCUGGUCUGGACAGUGUCAAUUUUGCAGAGUACUUUGUGGAGCUCAACUCGUUGAACAAGCAGCUGACAAAGACAGAACUUUCGACUCUGGCAUCAACAGUGGAGGCAUUUGCCAAUAACUUUCCCUCACCAGAUAAGGAAACACUUUUAAAUAGUGCUGCACGCCUCCGAACUUUGGACAGUCAAACCAUUCCUGCUAUGAAGAACCGUGUGGAUACGCUGAACUCCUCAUUGAUAGAACUACAGGCUACGAGUACCCUGAAGAGCUCCGUGUUGAAGCUGAUCACAGACUUAGAGGGUGCACAAACAGACUUUAAUUCGAACAAAGAUGAUUUGAUCAAGAAUGAAAUAACAAAGCUGGCUGACAGUAUCAUCGCUACGACCAACUCAAGUGUGAAGAGAGUUAAAGAGCAGGUGCGUACUAAUUUGGUCAAAUGCGAGCCCCUGGUAGCAGCUGUCUACACCCUGACUGAUUCGGCUUGUGUUCUGGGACUUGAUCCUGUGAAUGGCUUGUGGUUCAGCUUUGGAUGGUGCCUGUUUUUCUUUAUCCCUUGUCUAAUCUUUGCCGUGCUCUUGGCUAGCCAGUACAGACGUGAGCAGGAGUAUGAGAAGGAUUUUGACGACCCAAACUACCCAAUGUAUGGAGGACAUUCCAGCGAUACCUACCCCUUGACCAGUGUGGAAGAACCCCGUAGCCGGCACAGCAGAGGUUCCUACCCCUCCUCCUCUUACCCAGCCCCGCAGCAGUCGGGCCAGACCAAUUCUGCGUACAGCCCGGAGAGCAAGGGCUACGGGCCCCAGCACGCGCCCCCGCCCUAUGACGAGCACCGUCACCACCCAGACGCGUGGACUGGUGAUAACAGCACCCUUCCUGCUCGCCGGUCAUUUGUGGGACGCAACAACAAGGUGCAGCCCAUCUGAGUGGACAAGGUUGAGAUGGAGCGGACUACAAAUUGGGAAAUUGUAUUUUAGAAUAAAGAGGACAACAAAAAAAAAAAGAGGGAGGGGAAUUGGUUGUGGGUGGUGGUGGUGGUGGUGGUGGUUGGGAUGGGGAUGGGGAUGAGUAACGGAGAGUGUGGUUUCUGCCCCCUGGUUUUGUUUAUACUUUUGCUCAGCAGAUUUGUUGUAAUUCGGUAAUUCGGGUGGUGGUUUUGUUUAGUGAUGAUAGAGGUAUGAAGUAUUGGAUGUACUGGAUGUACACAGGAGUUGCAAAGGUGGGUUGUUUUGUGGGGGGUUGCAUAUGUGUCGCCUGGUGUGUGUGUGAGAGAGAGAGAGAGAGGUGAUUGUAGUAGAUAUCAGAGGGUUUUUUUUAUUCAGAAACGGUCAUGGCUUUGAGGAGUGGAAAAGUCUACCUGAAGCUAAAUUGUGAUAAAGAUUGUCAGAAUUGUGGAUAAGGUCAGAAAGAGUACUUAGAAUAUUUGCUUUUUGAGACUGUGACGGUGCCAAGGUUUAGGAAGUGUGAAAACGUUAAGGUCAAGGGUCAUGUUUUUAAGGCUAACCUACCUGGAAGGCUAUUGAGGACAGUCAUGCAAUGUUUGUUAAUUUUGUUGCCAACCCAAGGUUCUUCAGUUAAAUGUUGAACUCUCGUACAAUUAACAAUAAUAAUUUACAGACAAGACGUAAAGAUUAUACCUCAUGUCUUUUGCGCGAAGUCGCGAAAAGAAUCGAGGAUUUAUCGGGGUUUUUUGUUUUUGCUUUUAGUUUUUGGCAGCAGUUGGCACUUGUCCACAGCUCCCUUACUUAACUUACUUAAAAGUAAUUUCAAUUGUGAUGUGUGAUUUGAAUACCGAAUUAUGAGUGGGUUAAAAAAAUUUUUUUUCUUUUUUCUGUGUGUCACAAGGGUCUUUCGUAUUUGUUCACAGUGUUUGAAUUUCAUCAUGAUUCCAUUGAAAUGUGCCAGGCUUGUCCUUCAUUGCCAUUCUCAAAGAUUGUUGUUUGAUGAUACAAGGUAGAAAUGCCAUCGUCUAUGUAUUGAAUGUCUUUUGCCCAACGGAUUAGAUUGGUCCAAUUGGUUAAGAUACCAUAGUGCGAACAGGGAACACUGAUGUCAAAAUUUAAGUGUUGUGUAUCAUCAUGUGGAAUAUAAGUAACACAGUAUAGAAAGGGUGAAUUGUCCUUUUGUUAAGAGAAGAGGUUUAAGGUAGCUCUAUCAAAAAGGAGGAAUGAAGUGAUUUUAGUUAACUGGUCUGGAGAAUCACAAAAUAUUGGAAAAAUUCACCCUCAAAAUUAUACAGAAUGAACCGAAAAGAUAACUAAUGUGAAUCUCUCCCAAUGAAAAAAAAAAGAUUUAUCAAACCUCUUCUGAAGUUGUCUUAAAUUCAUGCCUUGGAACAUUUUUGAAAAUGCUCAUGAUUGUCAUUGUUAAACUGUGGUGCAUCCCCCCCGUCAUUUUGUCCACAGUCAUAUUGUUUCAAAGAUGUAAAUGGUUUGUCAUCCUGUGUUCUUUCAAUGGUAUAUAUUUUUUUCUAUUUUUCUGGUUGCAUUUAGGGAGUCUAUCCCCUCCGAAAAAGUGUUCACACAGCUGUUGUGUUCAUGUCAGUUGGUCUGUUGUCUUGACACCCUGCUGUGUGUGAUUAUAUCAUCAUCUUUGCAACUUCAGAGUAUCCUUACUUCAUUUUCAUUUCUGAGUGCCGGGAAAUUGGCAUCUGAAGGAACUGUUUUCCAGGAGAAAUAGCGUCAAUAGCGUUGUUGUUUAAGUAGAAUAUAAUGGGUGGACAAAUGUAAUCACUUCUACUAAAUAAUCAUUUUGACUAUUUCUCAGACUUCUUAUAAAACGGGUUGUUUUUUUGUGUUCAGCUGUAAUAUAGUGAGGUUACAGCUUCAUCGGUGAAAUGCCAUUUCUUGCUGUGUUACUUAUAAAGUUAUGAACGCCAUAAAACUCUUACCAACUAAAACUAAAGUUGCUGUCAUAGAAGGGAAGGGAGAGAAAAGCUGUACACAGGGAGGGUAAAGGUGUUCAUAUUGUUAAUGAUCUUUUAGGGGAAAGGAAGAUGAUGAAUCAAGUCAGAAGUACUUUCCAUCAGCUGUACAUACACUGCUUAUGCCUAACAUUUUGGUUUGCGCCAAGGAAUGCAUAAGAGUGUGAUUGUUAAUAAUUUAUUGGAUUGUUAAGUACAGGAUGUGUACAAUUUUUAACAUCAUCAUGCCCUCUACCUUUCUCAUGCUCAUGUUGGGAUUUUUGUGCACUCACAAUCACUCAAGACAUGCUCACAUGGCCUUUCUUUUUUACACGUAUAUCAAAAACAGAAAUCGAAUGGAAAUCGUGUUAGAGCUUGAAAUGGAAUUCGGUUUUUUUUUGGGUAAAUUUUGGAGGGGGAAACAUUUGCGAUCAUUCUGGUUUGUGAGCUUGGAUUUUGCUUUUGCCCAUUCGGUCUUGUUACUAUUGCCUUAAAUAAUUUAGGCCUUAUGCCCUUGACCUUUUUGCCGUGAUGUACAUAGCCUUUUCCUUUCUACACUACACUGUACUUUUAUACCUCCUUUAUAUAGGAAUAUACAGUUUAUCUAUUCUGUGGUUAUUGCUCACACAUGUAAAUAUACCUUUAAGGGGGUUUAAAUGGAAUUCAUUUUUCUUUCAAAUUUUCACUGCGAUUUGUAAAAAAAUGAAGGGGUGAAGGAGAUGAAAAGAGAACAAUCAUUGGUGUUUUGUUGUCAACCACUUCUGUGCCUCUUUGUAUUUAUUUUUUUUGGCCUAACCAAAUUUAUCUGUGGUAGUUUAUGGUCCACUCCUCUUUAAUUUUUUACUAAUUGCAUUGUGAAGAAAACCAUGUAUUAAUUUCAUCCUUUUAAAUCAUUGUCGUGUUCAAAUCAACUUUUUUUUUUUUUUUUGGAGAGGGGACAUCACAUUUGAUUCAGGAAUCUGUGAGACCUGUCUUUGUUGAAAAUAUGUGUAUGUAUAAAAACUCUCUUAUGUUGUCUUUCUUUGAUUAAUAUAUAUAUUUUUUGGACUGCAUUUUCUUUCCCUACAUGCAAUAUGCAUAGUUAAACCCUUUCCUGUUCAAAUUCUUUGCCAACAGUAGCUGCUCCCUUUUUUCAACUUUCUGUAUAUAUGUCGGCCUUCUGGUCUUUGCAUUCUCUUUUGGGCUCUUUUGAGGGAAAAGGAUAUUUUUCGUUUUGGUUGGAUACAAUGUUUUACUUACUAGAACUGAAAACAAGGCUAGUUCUUCUUAAUGUCAGGGAAGUAUUUUUAUCAGUGCUCAGAGUUUAUACUUGUAUUAGCUUUUUAUAAGUGCUCAGAGCUUAAUUUUACAUGGGAUAAAGCGCUAUAAAAUGCCUUGUAUUAUUUGUAGCUAUUAUCCUAAUGAAGCAUAUCUUUAAGGAAAUUACACUGGUCUGUUUGACUGGGUUGAACUGUGGCGCUGGGUUUUUUUAUAUCCGGCUGGGUUUUUUAACAGGAAAAGAUAAACAGGAGUAGUUGCACCUUGUUCUUAUAGAACAAACUUUCUGUAGGUUCACGUGAUCCCGUGGUUUCUGUGAUGUAAGUCACACCUGCGUGUGAUGAAUCGUACUUGAAUGUGUUUAAGAGUUUUUUGAGUUUAAGAUAAGGCGUCUCACUUGACCUGGCGUCCGGGCGUAUCUCUCCGACAGCAGACCGAAGGCAAUGUUGCGGUGCAUUUUGAAUCAUUAUGCAUAAAUCAGAAACAUGACUGUGUAUAUUUCAUAGCAUUCAUGUUGUAGUUUGUCUUUUUAGGUUCAGAUAAAGCAAAUGGAAUCGAAAAUGUGUAUUCAGAAUAAAGAAGUAAUGCUUCCUUUUUUUUUUUUUAAACGCCCCAAAACAGUGCGUCUUUGAGCUUUGUUGAAAAACCGGAAUGCACACCUUUGAUGAGUUAAUUAGAGUAAAUUACUCCUCCAUUCGAAGUAUGAAGCACACUGUCCGAACAGUAUAUCAAAAAAAUUGAGUGGGAUGCUAUUUUAGGGAGUGAUAUACCUACAUGUAGUUUCUGAAGUUAACUUUUGCGAUAAAGUCCUGACGGUGUAAACUGCGCUUUUAUUUUAGGAAGAAUGGAGACUUUGGAAACAUUUUUUUGGAGUAUUUGAUUUUGAGUCUCUCACAUUCUUAAAAAAUUCUUAUGCACAUUUUCCAAGAACUGUUUUUAAAGGUGCAACUCAUCCUUUCAUGCUAUUGUGUAUCAAGGCUCUUUAUGUUUGAUUUCUCUCUUCAUUCUUAAAGAAAAAAAAAGAAUUGCAAUUACUUUUUAAAAAAAAUAAAUUUUUUAAAAUUAUUUAAUUUUUAAUUUUUAUUUUUAUUGCAAUUACUUAAUGAACUGUCUUUGGCAGUGGUAUAAAUGAAACACAUUUUAGUGAUUAUAAUAAUAAUUGCAUUUACAUAGCACAUAUCCAUGCUCUACAGCAUGCUCCCUCGGCUUUGUUACUGAUUUUCUGCUAAUGAGAUGCUGGUUACUGAUAAAUGAUACAUUGUUUGUGGAGUCUGGAUGAUUCUUUCAGGUUUGUAAGCAGCUGCAUUAACAGCAUGAUAAUUGAAGUGAAGAGUGAUCGUUUUAUGUUUCGUAAGUAAGUACUCUCUAUUGCUUGUUUAUACUUAAAUAUUUUCCUCUGCCCUUGCUUAAUUUUAAAUAUUUUAUAAAUGAAGUUUGUAUUUCAUCAUAAUAAUAUUUGUUGAUUCCAUUUUAGAAAGAAAUUCAGUUUGUAGCUGUUUGAGGGUAAGAGGUGCUAAGGUUGGUAGGUUUGUUUUCAUUCAGCUUCUUGUCCUGCAUAUAUUUUGUUUUUGCUUUGCUUGAAAAAAAAAAGGGGCGGGUGGGUAUCAUGUGUACAGGUAAUUGACAGUAAAUCAGCCCAUUUAUUUUGCAAUCAUCAUAUAUUAUGUUUCCUUUGUUUUAAAUAGUUUUUAUGCGUUCAUAUUGUAGUGUAUAGGUCUUGACUUAUCUCUUGUCCUCAAUCCUUUGGAGUAUUGGUAGCCCCAUGUGCUUAUUUAGUGAAGAGAUCUGGCUUGAAAUACAAUGUACACUGAACUGCGUGGUGGGUCGUGAAAUUUGAGAAAAGUGUGUUUGCCGUCAGCGGAUACUCUGAUGAUCUAAUUUGCUUCUUUCCUAUCCAUCAUCCUUAUCUCCACUCCUUCUUUCUGGAGUUUGUUACUCUCUGGUAACACCUAAUCUUGAGCACUUCCAUGGGUUUAUUGCACUUCAAGUGCCGUAAAACUUCUUACUCAAACCGAGAAAAGUGUUACAUGCUUAUCAUGCAUUUUGCACACUGAGAAAUCUUUUUGUUGUUCCUCUCGCUUGCUUUGCAGUUGCAUUUUAAUUAAUAUCAGAGUUGGGGUUGUCGAUGCUUUUUUGCGUUCGGUGCAGGUGAAAAGUGCAUGUGUGUAGUCGAACUUGUCCGAGGCGACCACCCAGUGUGGAGGAGAAAAAGUUUUCUUCUUCGACAGCUGACCGUCUUGGACAGUAUCAAUAUAAUAGAGAAGGAAAACCCCCCCCCCCUACGCAAGUGAGGAAGUUGGAAAUGGUUGUUUGCACAGGUGAUUGUCUUGGACAGGUGGUCGUUAGAGCAGAUUGGACUUUUUUUUUAGCAAUGUCAGGACGCGACUCUCUGCAAGUGGCGAAACAAAAAGAACUAUGUCAUGUCAUGCCAAAUUGUCAGUGUGUAGAAAUCUCUCCUUUUGGCUACCAUUCUGCGAGACAGUCCUGUGGUAUCAGUCUUUCUGUAUUACCAUCCUUGGUCUUUCUGAAUUCUCGUCUUUGGUCUUUCUGUAUUUUCGUCCUGUCCCCCUCAAGUGCCCAUAUUGCGAGGCGUUGAUUUUUCUGUCUCCUUAGAUCAAGCCUUAGUGUAUGAUAAUAAUGAUAUGAUAACAAUAAUAAAAAUGGUAAUAAUAACAAUAAUGAUAAUAAUAAUAAUAUGCAUGCAACAGAACAUUCCAAUGAGGAAAUUUCCUCCCCUGUUAGGUUGUGUUGAUUAUAUUGAUGUUCAUAAUUAUUAUUAAUUUGAUUCAGAGAUUUCACACCUAUGUUUACAUUGCUGCUAAGUAUGAACAAUACUUGAUAUUGGAUGUGUUGCCGUGUGGUUUGUGGUGUUCUCCCCUUAUCAGUGUUCUGUAAGAGCUGUGCUCACUUCUGAUGAUGUCCUGGAGAGAAGGGUCAAGGACACAGUUGUGUUCUAGUUGCCUUGUGCUGGUAGUUUAGAGAAAAAGUUUUCUCCCCCCCCACAGUGCUCCGUCACUGAGGUACGUGCAUAGGGACCCAGUUCGAAUAUUGUGAUGGGUACUAUUGCUAGUGCAGGGCAACACUGAUUCAGUGGCGGAGGAAAAAGUCAGGUGUAAAGAAUAUUUUUUAAAAUGUCCUUUGGAGCUAUUGAAUUAGAGAUUGAUUAUGUGGGCGGGUCACUCAUAGCCUGUUUGAUGCACAGUUUUAGAUUGAUUAUGUCCGUGAAAAGGGCUUGCGUGGAUUUCAUUUUUCAGCGCUGUAGUAUUGAAUUGAGCACUAGCUCAUUUCAUGCUAUCUGAAAUCAUGACUUUGUUAUGGAGACAGAGCUUUAAGUGAUCAGCCCUGAAAAUUGUUUUGUUUCAUUAAAAUUUCCUCUCACUUCAACUCAGCAAAUCAUUUCGAUAUUUGUAGUCUUGAAUGUGAUUUAAAUUGCUCAAAUUUAUAAUCAGGCUCUGUGUAAAUGUGUGGAGAAGUUUGUGAUGCUGUAGGGUAGAGGAUAUGAACGGCAUACUGCGUUUGUUUACGGGUGGUUUUUCAGAAGGGCAAUGUACAGACACAAACUGUUAGUUAAAUGCCAAAAGCGCACUUUAAAAAAAGCCCUGAGUUGUUGUUUUUUUAUUUGAUUUUUUUUUUCUUUUCGUAAAGAGAUUUUUAAAUCACACCUUGGAUGCUAAACCAUAGUUUUUCACAGUCAAGUAUAUUCAUCUGUAUGUUUUGGGCAUAUCUUGGCAUUGUACAUUUUGAUCUCACGUGUACUUUGUUAGUUCACAAUGCAUCAGUAUCUUUGUCUUGCGGCUGGGAUGUUGUAUUGCUCUCAGCUGGGGUUGGGCCUGACAGGCAGGGUCGAAACGGCCUGCCCUUCAAAAUGAUCAAUGGGGGCAUAAAACUUUAAUAAUUACCGUUAGCUUUUGGUCAGUCGAAUAUAUAUCAUGAAAAAGAGUAAUGUGUGUUCAUUUUUAAGGAUUAUUUGGUGAAAAGGCCCAUACUACUCUACGUAUGUAUGAUGUAGACUUCAACCUUCUUUCCUGUAUAGGACGGGAUCCUUCCUUACUAACUCUUUGUUCUUUGUAUGUGGAAUGUACAAUAAGACUGACAUUGUGUUUUAGCAGUCUGGUAUGUGUCUGAUACUGUACAUCAUGACUUUUUUAAAGAGUGUUUUAUUUUCUUCUGAAAAUGAUGUCAAAUAUUUGUUUCUAGUUAUCUCAGGUGCUCUUUUAGAAUUUCCAUUCAAAUUUUUUGUCGUGUCCUUCGAUGGUCUACACUCUACGCUGAAUGACCACUGCUCGUUCUAUCUGUUCUAUAUUUGACCGUUGAGCAUAUUUGCAUAUUUCUGUAGACUGUGCCUUCGAUGAAAUGAUAUUCCGUGGUGAAAUGGGGGUGUUGGUGUUCUGCAUGCCUUCUUUUUCCCUCUUUAAAAAAAUAUUGUUAUUCAAAAUCGAUUUAUCUAUGAAUCUGUCUUGACUCUGGAAAUGUUUUAUAUGAGUCAGCAAGUUCUCUGGCAGUUACCAAGUCGAGAUUCUUUUUCUUGGGAAUAACUUUUAGGGUUUUCAUUUUAAUUAAGAGAUCAUGAUCAAUGUUUCAUGCUGUUGCUGUCACAACAAAAAUGCGUAACUCCAUUCGACCCUGUUUUACAGGUUGAGCAAAGAAAAUUGGGGAGUCAUCUAUGUUUCUUACGAUGGCAAAGAUGUGUUUUGAUAUCAGAAAAGAGGGGCGUAGUUUUGACUAAUUCUGUGUGCAGUGUUUUAGGAAAGUCAAACGUAGGGUGUGACGCUCGGCACCCUCUCAGCAUUUUGAUAAUUGUGAUACAAACAGCAGGCCGCUUGUUGACCUUAGUUAUUGACAUUGAAGAAAGAAUUGUCGGAACACUAUUUGAAGAACAGUUUGGAAAUGAGUCUGUGGAUGUCUUCUUUGUGUGUGUCGUUUGUAGAUACUUGAGGUGUAAAAUAUCACAUAAUGGAAGCUGUUGUAUUGAUUGUGUAUCUUUGAAAUCUGUUUAGAGUCUAGCAUUCACAUAGCGAACAUGCACAAAACUAGAAUAGGCGCAUUGGGAACUGGUUUUCAGGUUCUGAAUUUUUUUUUCGUACACGUGUAGCUAUCUAUUCUUUCUAUUUGAAGUACGUAUUAUAGACCUAUAGCAAAAUUUGUACAUAACAAAAAGAUUUCUGUGUCCUGCUGGUUUCGCUAUGUGCGUGUUAGACUGUAUUUUGAGCCUGUGCAGAGUUGUCAUUUUUCAUUUAUCAUACUUUUGCUCACCAUCCAGCAGUAGACGGCAAACAAAGCAACAGGUAAAUCAAGUCAUUUUGUUGUUUUCCAAUAUAUAAAGGUU